GAAAAGAACCCCAGAAAAUACUGCCAAAAACUUUUUUACAAAGCUCUCAUGAAAUGUAGUCAUUCAGUGAUGCAAUAGCACAGUAAGACACAUUUGUUGUUGCAACUAAACAGGGGAGGAACUUACCCUCCAAAUUUGCCUGAGUAAAAUUACUAAUUCUACACUAAUAUCUCCAUUCUUUGUGAAGCUCACUACAUCUAUUGAUAAUAAUACUAGAUUUUUCACAUGCCAAUUACACUUACUCCAGAUAUAAUUCUAGGGGACAUACCAGCCUUAUCUAUUAUGUGUGCUGUAAAUACUCUCUGGGUUUUACUGAGCAGCAAUCCACCUCCAGGAAAACCCACACAGAAGUCAUGAAUUCUGUGGUGCUGGACACCUUGGAUUUGCUCUCCUAGUGCAGCAGAGGCAUCAGAUCUUCCUGAAGCCCCACGCUGCCGCGUGCAGAAUUCCUCCCUCAUUCCCAGCUUUCAGUGGAAGCACCUGCUGCAGACAUCUGUUACAGCAUGCUCCACUUGCCAUCAGAUGAAUAAUGUCUCCCCUAUCACACACUGUCACUGCAGCAACUUCAAAUAGAGCCAUGCAAGUAGGAGAGAAGUCAUUUUAAUGACUAAGUAGCUCACAUUUAAUUUAUUUUACAGUUCAACAAUGGCCAUCACUGACAUCCUCUCAGCUAAAGAUAUUGAAUCUGCUCUCUCCAGCUGCCAGGCUGAUGAUUCCUUCAACUACAAGUCUUUCUUCUCCACGGUGGGUUUAUCCAGCAAAACUCCUGAUCAGAUAAAGACAGUUUUUGGAAUCCUUGAUCAGGACAAGAGUGGUUUCAUUGAAGAAGAAGAGCUGCAGCUGUUCCUGAAGAAUUUCUCUUCAAGUGCCAGAGCCCUUACCUCAGCAGAGACCAAGGCUUUUCUGGCUGCAGGAGACACUGAUGGUGAUGGCAAAAUUGGAGUGGAAGAAUUCCAGUCUCUGGUGAAGGCAUAAACAGCAUUAGACCAAAGGCAACCUUGGGCUGACUCUGCCAAUUACCUCGUCCAGCAAGCACUUCGCACUCAGCAUGUGUUUGUACAUUUUUAUAUUGUUUCAGGCAUUAACAGUUCCCCACACGUGAAGUUCACGCACCUGAUUGACGAGAAAUCUUGCAAUGUUUUGGUCACCUGGCAUUGUUACAUUUCCAUUGUAAGGAAGGCACUUUGUGAUUUUCCACCACCGAUAAUGUUGAAAUUGUGGUUGGGAGAGGGGAGAAAA